UGUACAUAUUUUGUGAAUGAAUUUCCUUUCAUUUUCUUCAUUGCUACUCAUCACCAUGUAAAACACUUACGUAUGUAAACCAACCAUUCAUUACGAAUUAGUUCACAUGGGAAUUUUGGGCUUCUCUUAGCACAAAAAAUAGAUAAUUGCUAGACAUAGUCGAACUAGAUACGUGUACAUGUUCAUGGUUUUGUCAUAAACCACGGUUGAUGAAACCAGAUGUACAUAUCCCACUUUUGCCAGUAACAACAUAAUAAAUUCACAAGAUUCUUCUUCAGUCGUUGUAAUUAAAUGGUAUUUCAUUUAAUAUUUUGAUUUAAUAACGCUUAAAAUGUCAACCCCACUACCGACCCCGUCGUCCCCUCCGUCUGAUACCACUGUGGAUAUUGAUCAAGUGGAAAAAGAUUGUGUGGAGAAAUUGAAAACCCUGAUUAAAGAUGAUCCUGAACUACCUCCGGCCAUUUCGGAACUAAGCGAUGAAUUCUAUCUCCUGCUUAUCAGAGCUAGAAGAAACAGACCUGAAGUUUCUUUGAAACUGAUAAAAUCUCUAAUCCAUUUCAAGACGCAUCAGUACCCAGACCUAUUCACCGACCUUGAAGCCUUCACCAUAGAACCCGUCAUGGAAAAUGAAAUGAUUCGCGUCGUCAAGAGGGGUGAGGGGUACACGGGUCCGACUGUUAUCGUUUUUCGUACAACUCAAUGGGACACCAGUCUAGCAGACAUCGACAUGCUCAUUAAAGCAGGAUUUUUGUAUGCCCUUCAAAUGUCGACGGCCUCCAACCCCACCCAAGAGCGAGCAGGGAUCGUCAUGAUUCUUGACAUGGCUGGAUUUUCAUUCAGCCACGCGAGGGAAUGCACUUACUCCAGUGUUUUAAAAGUGGCAAAUUGUAUAAUUUUUGGAUCACCCUUUCGCAUCAACAGCGCCUUCAUUACGAACUCGCCUUACAUUUUUGAAAAGGUUUUUGCCGUGGUCAAAUUCGCCAUUCCCGAAUUUUAUAGAAACUUUAUUACAGUGACCACUCAAGACUUUACGAAGCUGCAUUCAUUAGUGGAGCCUGAUUUAUUGCCAGAGUCGCUGGGUGGAUCAGUGCCUGAGGAGGAAGGAUGGGAGGAAGGGGUAGAAGAUGCGAUACGAGAUGGUGGGGGUGGAAGUCAACUAGUCUACGAAUUAAUGGAUGCAGUAGAACGACAGGAGGAAAAUAAGGAGUGACUUUUAAUUAUAAUUGACAUAAAUUUAGCCUUUCCUUGUUGGAAAGAUUUUGUUAAGUAUCGAAAACGUCAUAAUCAUUACAUGUGUACAAAUGUGUGUACAUAAUUGUGUGUCGUGUCAUAAUGUAUGUAUGCUCCGUCGGAUAAUUACUGGUGAACGGAUAUGCCUUCUUGAGAUUAGAGAUUAUCAUUCUUCUCUUUGGAAAUCGCAAUCCAACGAAAGUAAAGUUAGAUAAUUCAAUUUAAACUCGUAUUCCAGUCUUGAUGCAUUGUACUUAUUUCUUUAUUGUUUAAUAAAUGAACAUUAAAUCG